AUGAGAGGCGAAGAUGAGAGCAACUCCCUUGAUGAGGUUUCUCAACAGCAGGACCUGAUAGAAAAGCAGCACAGAGAAGACUUAAAAGGACGAAGGAAUACAUCAUCUCAACAAAGACCCAGCAGAAUGGCUGGAUUGGAAAAGACGAUACCAAAGAGUGAUGAGGAUGCAGGGCAUCUGACUCUCAUCUGCUCGGGAAGUGUGACAGCAAUGACGGUAUUUUUUCCUUUGGACACAGCUAGACUUCGACUGCAGGUUGAUGAGAAAAGAAAGUCCAAAACUACACACGCGGUGCUUCUGGAGAUCAUUAGAGAAGAAGGCCUCCUGGCGCCAUAUCGAGGGUGGUUUCCAGUGAUCUCCAGCCUCUGCUGCUCCAACUUUGUCUAUUUCUACACUUUUAAUAGCCUCAAAGCAGUCUGGGUCAAAGGUCAACGUUCUACUACUGGAAAGGAUCUAGUAGUUGGAUUUGUUGCAGGAGUAGUGAAUGUGUUGCUGACAACUCCGCUCUGGGUAGUAAAUACUAGACUAAAGCUGCAAGGGGCAAAAUUCAGGAAUGAAGACAUUGUGCCAACCAACUAUAAGGGUAUUAUUGGUGACUAUGGCUUUUAUGAAUUGGUCAAAGGGUUUAAGGGGUGGUCAGGCAGGAGGCCCUUUCAGGAAUGCAGGGAGUUUGGGCGUCACAGACUAAAUCCAGAAAACAGAACCUUGGGGAGUCUUCGGAACAUUCUCUAUCUUCUGCACCAGCGAGUAAGGCGUUUUGGAAUAAUGGGACUCUACAAAGGCUUGGAAGCCAAGCUACUGCAGACAGUCCUCACUGCUGCUCUCAUGUUCCUUGUUUAUGAGAAAUUGACGGCUGCUACCUUCACUGUGAUGGGGCUGAAGAAUGCAGGCAAACGCUGA